AUGACCCCAUUCACGUCUGCGUCGACUGGUGAGGAGGUCUGCAAAAUUCUUUCUUCUCACAUCAAUGCACGCAAAGUCUUGAUCACUGGCGUCACUCCAGGAAGUAUAGGAGGCGAAGCGGCAUUUCAAAUUUCGCGACAUGCCCCGUCGCUGCUUGUCCUAGCAGGCCGCAAUACCCAGACCCUCCAGGAACUUGACGAGAAAAUCAAGUUGGAAACACCUAGUGCUAAAACAAGACUGCUUGUUUGCGAUCUAAGCUCCCAAGAAAGCGUUCGCAAGGCCGCUGAGGAGGUCAACGCGUAUCCUGAGACUAUCGACGUUAUGAUCAACAGUGCAGGUGUAAUGGCCACUCCAUACAGUGUCACCAAAGAAGGUUUGGAAUUGCAAUUUGGAACGAAUCAUAUUGGUCAUUUCCUCUUAACAAACUUGAUUCUGGGCAAUUUCCUACAAAAAGGUGCUACAAACAUUAGAGUGGUGAACGUUAGCAGCUCUGGACACAAGAGAGGGCCCGUUCGGUUUGACGAUCCUGGAUUCGAGCAUGGGAAAUCCUAUGACAAGUGGCAGGCCUAUGGGCAAAGCAAGACUGCAAAUAUACUUUUCUCCGUAUCAUUGGCGGAAAAGCUUGGAGCAAAGGGUGUACAGUCGUUCAGUCUUUAUCCAGGCCGAAUGGUUACCGGAAUUGUGAAGCAUCUGUCAAUGGAAGAUUGGCUCAAGGCUGGCUGGAAGCACUCAGAUGGAAGCAUGAAUACCGAUCCAAAGCUGAAAUGGACGACCACAAGGCAUGGUGCGGCUACAUUGAUUGUAGCAGCGUACAAUCCAAGCAUUUCCGACCAGAAUGGAUCAUACAUGGUCAACAGCCAGGUCAACAAUAGUGAGGCAGCGGAUUACGCUCUCGACUCACAAAAUGCAGAGAGGCUAUGGAGAAUCAGUGAGGACCUUGUUGGCCAGAAGUUCCGCUAUUAG